AUGAGUUACUUUUUAUUACCACCAGUGUCAUAUCAGACGCAGCAAAAACUUAAGAAUGACAUGCAGAAGAAAAAGAAGAAGCUGAGCUCAAAGAAGAGAGAUGCCUUAGCGCCAAAGAAAUCAGACACCCAAACAAUUGCGGAUGACCACAGGUCUAUGUAUACUGCAAGAAGCGAGCAAGCUUCUAGUCUCAAAAGACCAACGUUCAGUCAAAAUAGUUCCUAUUCUAACCUGUCGUUUCUCUCUACUAAUUCGCAAGACAAGGAUAUCGCGCUCCACACCAGUUCAGGAACUGGCAGGAAUUCCAACGAAACUGAAAUAACUCAGUAUUCAGAUGAUGUAGCCAGUCUUCAGUUUGACAACCUCUCCAUGACAAGUAAAGACUCAAAGUUAAGUAUCAUAUCGAAAAUCAAACUGGUCACCUCUGCCACGACAACAACAAGCGCUAAUAACUCAUCGUACAACUAUGACUACUCCAGAGAUAUCAAUGAGAUAUUGCAGUACAGCAAGGAAUCGAGAAGGAAACAUCACAGUAAGAAGGCUACUGGUACUCAGAGCACUCAGCACGAAGUUUCAGAGGUAAAAGAAGAGGAGGAAGGAGAAGCGCAAGGGGAAGAGGAGGAGGAGCAGGAAGAGGAUGUAAAUUACAGGGAGGACAUGAAGAAUGGAAUAAACGUAUCGGACCUUCCUGAACUUGAACGAGUUUACUCAGAUGUGAGCUCCAUUUUUAGUACCAAGCACUCCAUACUAUCUGAAUCGCAUGAACAGUAUCCCAGCGACACCAGAAAGAAAUUUAGUUCUAAAUUUAAGAGAAGUUGA